AUGCAAUUCUCGUCGCUACUGUCAGCCACCACAGCCGCGCUCUGGGUCCAAGCCGCGGUGGCAUCCGCUUUAAUCCCCCACGAUGCCUACGGGAAGCGACAAGAAGACGCCUCUCUCUCCGGCAGCAGCUUCGAGCUCGACGCCGCCAGCGCCCCGCUCACAUUCACAUACACCACCGACUCCGCCGACGACACUAACUGGAUCGCUCUUUGGGCAGUGGGCGACGGCCCCGUCGAUGCACAGGCAACUGCGCCAGCUUUGGUCUGGGAGUACACGCCCGGGUCGGAGGGCGCCGUCCAGCUCUCCGUCGAUGACCUGCACCCAGGAGACUAUGUGGCGUACUUCCUAGCGGAAGACGGCUACGAGUCGCUCGCGGAUCCUGUGGAGUUCGCGUUUGAGGGCUUAGCGCCCGAUCUGUACUUUCCGGUCGAGGAAGCCACGCUGCACAACGCCCGGCAGGGUGAGAGUUAUGUGGCUCGCCUGGGUGGAUUAGUGCUCGGCGUGGGCAACGGGACGGUGGGGUUUGACAAGGCGAGCGGCGAUGACUGGCUUCACGUUGCUGAUGAUGGGACGAUCACCGGCACGCCGGGCUGCAAGUGUCCUGAGAAAUCACAUGCAGAGGUGCUCGUUACUGCCGACAACGGCUCGUCUGCACGUCUGCGCGUGGUGAUCCCAGUACGCCGGCGUCGGCAGCCACUCGUCGACAGAUUGGCCGUCAUGUCCUACAAUACCUGGAUGGGCGGCACGCACGUGCACAAUUAUCACGAGAAGCAGCUGCGUUUCAUCCUCGAAUCUGGCGCCGACAUCAUCGGCCUUCAGGAAGCAGCUGCCGGUGACCAUGUGGUCCGCCUCAGCGAGGGACUGGGCUGGCACUACUGGCAGAGCAACCGCAGCGUCGGCAUUUUGAGCCGCUACCCGAUUGUCGAAGAGUACGGAGAAGUUGACCCUGUCGAUGUCCCGGUCGAGGAGACCAAGAUUUCACCUGGCGGUGGAGUGCGGAUUGGUCUCAACGGUGAAAGCAAGGCCAAGUCUGAGGUCAAUGUCUGGAGCGCUCACCUGUCGUAUCAGCCAUACGGGCCUUAUGACUUUUGUUUUGACAACAUGACCGAAGAGGAGGUUCUGGAAAGAGAGGGCUUUUCAGGAAGACCGGGCCAGAUGCAGGGCAUCCUCACCCGCCUCGAAUCGCAGCUCGCCGACUCCUCCAAUGUGCCUGUCAUCCUGGUGGGAGACAUGAACGCCCCAUCUCACCUCGACUGGAUCGAGGCUUUGCGCGAGAAGAACUGCGGCAUCGCAGACAACUAUCCCUGGCCCACUUCCAUUCUGCCAACAGACGCCGGCCUCAUCGACUCAUUCCGCGUGGCACAUGCUGAUGCCGCCCGAGAGCAGUGCCUCAGCUGGUCGCCCAUCUAUCCUUUCAACGAGGGCAGCACCGGCGCGCCGGAGCCGCAGGACCGCAUCGACUUCGUCUAUGGCACCGCGGAGCUCCGUGUCCAGAGUUCGGAAUGUCUUGUAGCGGGAGAGCCGCGCCCGGUGCCGGACCACGAGGACAAUGAGUGGACGAGUGACCAUCUAGCGGUAUUGACGCAUUAUCGCCUGUCUUAG